AUGCCUCCUAUGACGCGAGGACAGGCUUCAAAAUUAGUUGUCACCAAGCGGCGCACGGCACAAAUGAUGCGUGAGCAACGAAUGAGUGAUCGUUUGAAGACACUCCACGCAGACGCACCGUUCCGCGGUACUCGUAGCGGACGAAAUGGCAUGCAAAUGCUGCCGGUUGGUGUGAUAGAUGCACGCCAGCCGGAGAUCAACGAUCAACCCCGCCCCAAUAUGACCGAUCUGAACGCUCAAGAUAUUGCCGUCGACGUGCGGUUGGAGCAAGCAAGUAAUUUCAAGAUAGAGCCUGCUGAGGAGAAGAUAGGAGCGAAUGUGAAGACAGAGUUCAUUGAUGAGACGAUGGAAGAGAAGAUGGGAGCGAUCGUGAAGAUAGAGCCGAGUGAGGACGACAGGGCAUUGUUGAUUGUGAAGAUAGAGGAGGGGAUGGCAGUGAUUGUGAAGAUAGAGCCUACUGAGGACAUGUGA